CAUAUCUUUAAUGUUUAGAUUCCAUCGAAUUCCAAAAUAUCUUCUGUCUCUUCAUGAGUAUUAAACAGCAGAAUUUUUCAAAUCCUUUCAAUUACCAAUACCUCCUGGAAGGAUCUGUAAGACUGCCGAUGAAGCAUACAAAGCAGCGGCUAGGAUAAUAUAAGAAGGAUCUGAUAAGAAUUCGUUCACAGAUGUAGUUGUAAAGGCUCAAGUGCAUACAGGAGGUAGAGGCAAAGGAUACUUCAAGGAGAAUGGAUUUAAUAGUGUAUUGAUGAACAUCUACAUAGGGAAUACAUAUAGCAUCUACUCCUGAAGACGUGAGAGAUUAUGCAUCUAAAAUGCUAGGAAAUACAUUGAUUACUAAGUAAACUGGGAGUUUGGGGAAGAAAUGCGAGAUGGUUUACGUAGUAGAACGUAACUUUUUGAGGAAGGAGCUAUAUUUAUCAAUACUACUAGACCGAAACACAGGAGGCUUGGGGAUUGUGGCAUCAGAAAAAGGAGGUAUUCAUAUUGAAGAGAGUGAUCCAAAUUACAUUAAGAAGUUUUCCAUUGAAAUGCCAAAUGCAGUUGAAGAGAUUGAUUCCUCUAUAUACGAGAGCGUUUCGAAGGUGUAUAAAUUAAAUCCAAUUUAACAAAAGUAAAUGACUGAAGUAACAAUUCUAUUAAUUUCACAAAGAUUUUAAAACACAUGUUUGAUAUCUUUUUGUAAACUGAUGCAACACUAUUAGAAAUUAAUCCACUUGGUAUUGAUUUAUAAGGAAAUUUGAUCAUUUGUGAUCAGAAAUUAAAUAUUGAUGACAAUUCAUAAUUUAGAUAACAUGCCAUAUUCCAUAUGGAAGAUGUUAGAUAGAAGGAUUGGAAAGAAGUCGAGGCUUAAAAACAUGGACUAAAUUAUAUAGCUUUGGAUGGAAAUAUUGGAUGCAUGGUAAAUGGAGCAGGAUUAGCUAUGGCUACCAUGGACUUAAUCAAACAGUAUGAAGGAUCACCUGCUAAUUUCUUAGAUGUGGGAGGUAAAGCUACAGAUCAAGAGAUUGUAUCUGCCUUAAAGAUCAUGGACAAAGACCCUAAUGUUGAAGCCAUUCUAGUAAAUAUCUUUGCUGGUAUUGCUAGGUAUCUAAAAUGAUUAUUAUUCCAAGGUGUGAUCAAAUCGUUUUGGGUUUACUUAAAGGAUUAACUGUAUUAGGAAUGAAGAAACCGAUGGUGUUGAGAAUGAAGGGAACAAAGGUUGAAGAGGCUAAGAAGUUGAUUGAGGAGUCUGGAUUUAAUAUGAUGUUUACAGAAGAUUUGGAUGAAGCUGCAAAGAAGGCUGUUAGAAUGGCAGCUAUUCUGAGAUUGGCUAAAGAGGCCAAUAUUAAUGUGAACCUAACGAGUUGAUAUUUCAUUAUAAAUAUUUGCAUCGUUAUUCUACUUGAUAAAUA